AUGCUGGACUUCAGCAGCAACAGCAGCAGCAGCAGCGUGGGUCGCUGCUCUCCUCACCUGGACAGGGUGCUUCUAAAUAUCUUGUCCUUUGCACCUGAAACAUUAUUUGCAUUGGUAAGUACUUGAUUAUUUACCUAAGUCAACCAGAGUGCAUCUUGAUUAUCUCUACUGCUUCUUCCCCCUCCCUAUCCAUUUCACGCAGGUUGGGAAAGGGUCACAUCGUCUGAUCCAACUUUCUAUUUACUUUAUUAGCAGAAAAGGGAGAGGUUUAUAUACACACAAUUAGAGCAAAUAGAGUUGUUCCGCUGGAUCCUGUUUCAGUAGCAUUUAGUCACAUAUUAUAUUGCUUAGGAGGCACCUUAAAGGAUAUCUUUUUUUUCCCUGUAGGAAAAUUAAUGGAUUUCAUGGAGACAGGGGUUGUUGUUUUUUUACAGCAAACAUACAAACACAACCAUUGUUCUUUAUUAUUAAUCAUGAUAAGAUGGUUUUGAGCACAAAACACUUUAACAUUCCUUUAUGUCUGUGGGAGGGUGUGUGGAAUACCUGCUAGUCCCAUUUUACAGGUGGCAAAACGAGCCUGGAAGCAAAUGAAAUAAUUAGGAGAAUCCGGUGAGUCCACAUUGAGGUGGCAUUGCUUAUUUCAUUUUGUUGAAGAACUGUAAUCCUGUGUGAAUGUUUAACUGUACAGGUGAAUAGACCAUUCAUGUAAGCAGUUUUCUUUUUAAAAAAGCUUACCACUGUCUAAUAGUUCCAAGUGACUGUAAGCUAGUUCUGAGCAAGUCACCUGUUCAGAUUCAAAACUAGUACUUGAUUUGACAUCCACUUCACACCUUGAGUGUACACCAUAUGUAGCCAUGAUUUACACGAUCACAUUUAAAGGACCCAUGCAUGUCUGUACACACACACAGAGCAAUGACUGUGGUUGCCCAAUACAAACUACAGCUGAUAUGAAAUAGGACUAGGCUUGGGAAGAGCUCACUGGGUGACCUUAAGCUGUUCAGCCUCUCUCACUUUAACUUAUUUUGUAGGGUUCUUCUGAAGGUAAAAAUGGGGGGGGGGGGAGAGUUACAUAUUCCAUACCCUUCAGCCAGCUUAAUUCACUUGUAAUCAAGUCAAUAAACAAGGCCAGCCUUUUUAUACUGUUUCAUUCUGUUUACGUUUGUGUUUUAUGGUGCGCUGUGCAAACGGUUGCUUUUUAAAACUGUCUUAAAAUUUUGUUUUUGAAUUUCAACUUUUAAAACUGGGUUUUCUAUUGGUAUCCUAUGCCAUGACUGCUGCUUUGCCAGAUUCUCCUAUAAAUAAAUGCUUGUGUAGAGUAUAAAUAAAUGCUUGUGAGAGAAGUGAAGAUUUUAAUAUACCGUAGUUUAGUCAGCAUGUGUCCCAAACUAUGAGGUGCUAGUUUUCCCAGGUCUUGCAUCUGUGGUGCCAUCGUGCCAAAGCAUUGGGCCUAAACCAUUAUAUAUUACUACUACUACUACUACUACUACUACUAUUACUAUUCAUGGAAUUUCUACGCCACCCUUCAUCCAAAGAUAGUGCUUAAUUUUUUAGAAAAGAAAAUGCAUGUCGGGUUUCAAAGUCCUUUAACGUCUUCUUUUUACCAUUAGGUUGUGUGGACAGGUGUGUGGGUCGAGGACAACACGAAAUAAUUGGGAGCCUGAGGCAAGAAAUAAUAAUAGCCAUCCAAAUGGUACCCUGAGGAGGCAGGAGGGCAAUACCAAUGAAGGAAUUGCUAUCUUCUAAUAGUACCCUAUUGUCUGAGGCUGGCCUGCUGUGAUUUGAAGAGAGAUAGGCACUCUGCAAAUGCUCUGAAGCAGUUUGGUUGAUUAUUACUUCACUUGUUUCUGGAUUAUUGUCUUACGUUUCCAACUGAUAGCAGCCACUGAACACAACUGCUGGGGUUUGUGUGCCCUGCUUGGGGAUUCCCAGAACCAAGCCCAGUCUGGCCUGUCACUUCUGAAGAUGGGCCAGCAGGGUCCCUUGGUGGCAGGGGGUGCCAACUUGAAUAAAAUACUGGGGUGAGGGGGGCAGGUAAGCCCCACCCCACAUAACUGAUCCAUGAAACUUUGCACAAAUGCCAUUGAAAUGGCAACGCCCAUCAACUGGGGGUGGGUGGGCGGUGGCUCCCUCAAAUAUUUUGGGGGGGGGCCUGAAGGGACCUCUGCCCCUUGGAGUUGGCUCCUCUGCAUGGGAGAAUCCAGUCAGAACUGUCUCCUGCGACAUUAUAAGUGGCAAAGGCUCUCUCGUCCCUUCCGUCGGCUGUGAGGGAGCCCCAACCCCACAUCCGCCCGCCUUACAGCUCCUGCCACAAGUAGGGGAAGGAAGGAAGGAUGGGAAAGUCUCUCUUCUUCUAUCCGACGAGUGGGAAGGGCAUCGAUCUCCCGCUUCUCGCUCCGGAAGAUUAGAUAAUGUAAACCAAACCCCGGCUCCUCGUCUUCGCACCCCGCCCUUUCCCGCCCCACCGAACGCAAAGCGCGCCAGGCCGGGGCGAGCGGCCAAGCCCACGAGCCGCUGCUGGUAAUCCCCCCCCCCCCUCAGCUGGCGGGCAGUGAUGCCAGAGAGAUGCAGCCCGCCGGGCGGGCCGAGACGAGAAGUGCGCGAGGGAGGCUGCGCGCCCCGAGGAAACGGCGGGAAACGAGCGAGCGGGCCGGGGUGGGGGUGGGUGGUUGGGAAGGGGGGCGAAAUGAAUAUUUCAGGCGGAGUUUCUAAUUAAAGAAACUCGGGCUGCUGGACACCCCCCUUUCCUUCCUUCCCUCCCCCUCCCUCCCCCCCCCCCCUUGAGCCGGGACUGCUCGUUUUACGUCUGCGGGGAGGCAGCAUAAGAAGGGACCGGGGCGGGGGAGCCGUGAGGGGAGAACUUCAGUGGCUGCGAGGCGACUCGAGGGGCUGCAGAGCGGGACUUGGGGGAGAGCCGGCCGUCCACCCACUUGCAAGUCGAUACUGUCUGAGGCGGCGGCGGCCACCUCGCGGAUACCCUAUAUAAGCCUCUAUAAAAGCGCGGACAUGGAGUAGGUGGCGGGAGAGCGGACGGCGUGCGCGCCGGGGAAAGGAGACAGAGCGCGGCGAGAGAAGCGAGGCUCCGGCCGGCGAGGGAGGGAGCCCCGUCACACACACCGCCUCAAAGGGCGAACGGAGGCAGGUAAUGCUCCCGAGAGCUCAAGGAGCAGGAGACGACAGGGCGGACACGCCCGGACAGCGGGAUCCACCGCGCGCCUCUCGCCAAAUUCAGCCGCUCUCUGGCCAGAGGCGGCGGCGGUGGCGUAGUUGCGCUCGGGCACCUCCGGAAGGUGUCGCUCGACUCGCCGGCCCGGCCAGCCGAUUCACUUGCUGAGCGGCGAGUGAAGCGAGGGGAGGGAGCCCGAGGCACCAAGCCGCCGCCCGGCAAGGAGGAGGGUCGAGCUGAGAGGGCUGUGGCGCCCCGCUCGCCCCGUUUGCCUCCCGAGUCUUUCUGGCGGGUGGGGAAGGGAGGAGGAAGAGGAGAAGCCGAGCGCAGCAGCCGCGCUUGGAACGGAGAGAAAGUCCUAGCCAAAGUUGAAAUCGCCUUGAUUUCGACGGAUGGAAUCUCGGCUCUUCUCUUCGCAAAAUCGACGGGGCUGAGAAGUGCAGAGACAGCUCUGGCUGGACCGAGCCGCCUUUUUCGAAUGAAUGGGUCGCUCUCAGCCAGCCAGAUGUUCAUACCUCUCUCUCGCUCUCUCCACUCCGGGCUUGCUCAGCCUGGUGCCUCCCAGAUGCGCUGGCUGCGGAGAGUCGCAGACCUCAGACAUCUGGGAGGCUCCAGGCAAGCGAAGGCUGCUCUUCCUCGAGCAUCCGCAAGCCACGUGGAGGAGGAGGAAGGCGCGCCGGACAUGGGAGGGCCGAAGGGGCAGGCGCUUCCCAGACCCGCCGAUGUGCCUGCGUAGGGUUUGGCGUCCGUGGAGAGAGGGGGUUUAGACUGGGGGGACCUGCGGCCCUCCGGAUGUUGCACUCCAGCUCCUAUUAGCCCCAGCUAAGGGAUGAUGGGUCGAGGGUUCAGCAACAUCUGGAGGACCACAAGUUCCCACUCCGCUGGACCAGAGCAUCUGAGCCUGCGCGCGUCACUUUGGAUUCUCUAUGUAUGCCCUCGGAUGUAAGCAUGUAACCACUUGAUAAAUUACUUGCCGAGCGAAGAGGGGAAACCCCGCCACAUUUCUUCAUCAGAUUACAAAUUAGGGGGAGCAAAGAAGCGGCCAAGUUCUUCUCGGAUCGAGGCAGGCUGCUGGCUAGCCAAGCGCUUAGGGAGCGAGUAGAUUUAAUAGACAGCCGUCACUUGCGCCCCCCCCCCCCUUGCAGAAUGCCGUGAAAGCUUGCCAAACUUUUCCAGGCAAGACUCUAUUUACCUGCCUGGCAUUUUGCACUUGCUUCUUGCUCCCCGCCCCCCUCGGCCUUCCUCUCCUUACGCAAAAACAGGUUUCCAAAAGAAACAGAGGAGGGGGAAAGGGGGGGCGGAACCCCUCAGGUCCUUUGCUUCCCCUAGAGUUUGCUUUUCAUAUAAAGCCAUGCCGAUCUCCAGUAGGAAGCAGAGAGGGGACAAGCAAGGCUGUGGGGCAGGCUGCUGAGUUGGGAGAGGCGGGUCUCGCCUUUGUUGCGAGGCGGGCGGGAGGAACCCGUGCGGCCCCAGUUGCUGGACUUCAUCUCCCAUCACCCCCUGACCAUUGGACAUGCUGUCUGUGACUGAUGGGAGUUGGAAUCCGACAGCAUCUCGAGGGUCCACGCUGGAACUCAUCCCUGGUGUAAAGGCUCCGGAGUAAAGUGUCACCACUGCCUCUGGCUGAGAAGCAUUGAUUCCCACUCUUGGGGCUUCUCAGUUAAGCGAGAGGGGUGAGUAAGCCCUUCCCUUCGUGCAAGGCUCCCUCGCGUGCCAAACAAGCAAGGAGGAGUUUCAUCGCUGGCGCUCAGGUCCUGCUUUGGAAGCCGUGCGCUCAGAAGGGUGUCUUCUGCCAAGCUGAUCUGAACACUCCAGAAAGCAGCUCCUCUGCAAAUAAAUCUCUCCUAGCCCUCUGCUGCUUGUGGACUCAAUGAGGGAUAGGGCCAUGCUUCUUCCUUAUUUUCGAAGCGAAAAGUUUAUUGGUUGAUUGAUCUCCAGGUCCCAACCCAAACAAAGCCCAAACACCAUGUGUUAAAAGUAUUCGAUAUCCAUCUUCCUGUCCUAAGCAAGCGCUCUUUAACUCCGUGGCACCAAGAGCAAGGGCAGUGAGUUCAGGACCAAGCGAGUGAGACGCGAAUGCCGCUGGGGAAUUCAAUUGCCUUCUUCUUGCUACUAGAUCCUACUUGGCUAAAGAGCAGAGAGAGCUGCCAGCUGAGGAUCUGGGUCCUCCCCCUCUUUUAAGUAAAAAAAGAGAGAGGGAGAGAAGGCAGAGGUUAGAAAUCUGGGCACUCUCAACUUGAAGGGAGAAUAAUUGCUUAACUUGCCACUCACUGUUCGCGUUGACGUGACACCUGGCAGUGACACAUAUCUCCCCUCCACAGCUGGUUUCAGGGAGUGGACUCGGAAAGUGGCUCCAUCUAUCCCUCGUUUGACCUCGGAAGCGCCAUGGGCAGAUUCCUGAGAUCUCCUGCGUUGGUGGGGCUGGUGCUGGCGAUGCUUUCAGCGGGACAUUGCGAAGAGAGACCCGAAUCUAGCGCAGGGCUGAAGGAAAGGCAGAACCUCUUAAACCUGAUCAUGGAGAUCAUUCAGGAACUGAAAAAAUACCACCUGGAGGAGGACGAGGAGAACGGGGUUCAGUACAAACAAGACUAUCUUUUGGACCGGAGAAGGGAAGUAGUACCCGAUUAUGGAUCUUACUCAGAAGAACAGAGAGUUGGUAAGUCAAAUAAUACUACAUUGUGUUAGAGGAGACACUGCAACCUGUUACGUUCAUUUUUCUUUUUGCGUUAAACUUUAGAAAACGGAGAGCUCGGUCAUCAAGCUGCCAGUUUGCAUCUGAGGAAUCUCGGGGGUGGGGGGAGGCUUGCAAAUUGCUCCAGUCCUUAAUUGUGCAGCGGAUUCCUCAAUAACCGCUCUGAAGGGAAACGCCAGACUAGCAAAGCUCCCCUCGCGUUGAACGAGGAAUAACCAUGCUACGCCCUCCUUCAGCGAUCGAUGGCGCUGAAGAGCAAAUUAAUAGGUUGAAAUCCGAGAAGCAUCAUCUAAAGGAGAUCACUUUGCGAUGUAUGUGCUCCGAGGCUCGCUAACAGUUCCUUGUCUGUUACUCUAGUCUAGUCAAUUGCAAAUCUGAAACUCUCAGAAGUUUCUUUUUAAAAGUUUUCCAUACUUCGAGGGUUCCCGCCCCAAUAGACUGGUUUGCAUCAGUAUAAGGCAACUUCGUGUGCAAAUCUACAAUUGAUUACUGCUAGUCACUCGGAUACCUCCCACAGGUUUUCUGCUUCUUGAAAGUUUCUUUUUUUCUAGAUUUUAUUUUGAAGGUUAAGCAAAUUUAAAUUGCAUUGAUUUUAAUAGAUGAGUGAAGUAGUUAUACAGUUCUGUAUAAGGGGCCUGAAAAGCACAGAGCUGUGACAAUAUACUGAUGAGGAGAAAUUUAGAACAAAGCAGGAAAAAUAUAAUUACAAGUGCAAAGUAUUGUAUUGAAGAAUGUUCUAAGCAGUUGGCUGCAGGCGAGUUUUUGGUUGACACCUGGAAACCUCCCUUAGCAACUAAAUUGCAUUGGUUGAAUGAAUAUUUUUCAGUUUCUCAUAUGGAAUGUGUUUUUUUAAGUUAUCUGAGGAAGAUCUUUGAAGCAGGUCUGCUAUCAGCUGUUUAGAGCAGUCUUCAGUACAACAAUGUUUGAGCUAUGCUAUUGUUUGCAAGCUUUGCGGAAAUGAACACUUUGCAACUGGAAUGAUAUUUUGUCAUUUUCUGUAAACUUCUUAUUAAGGCUACUUGUAGUCAUACCUUGAAAGAGUAGCAUGACAGGUUUUUCGGCUGCAAUGCAAGCUGUACUCCACUCCUCAUGCUUUAUCAACCAGAAAACAACCUCCAGCUUGCAAGCACCCUUCCCUGGCUUUGAGACAGCCAACUUUUUUUUUUAGUCCCCUCUAGGUAUCCAACUUGUUUAUUUGCUGUGGUUGUACAUUGUUUAACUUUGAAAUCUGCUCAGAUUGGGGAGAUAGCUUUGUGACUGGCACAAGGGCGAACCAAUCAGCAUUACACAUAGUCCAGCCCUUAAGAGGGAGGUGCUUCAUGAUUGAUACAAGGGCCAGCCCAUCAGUGCUGUCCAAAACUGAUUUCAGCUCCAAACCAAAGCAGCAGCUAUCCCGCCCCCAUUCUCCAAACAAGGCUGUGUAUAUACAUAAGGUAUGCAGAAAAUGUGGCAGCAUACUCAUUGCUGAAAUGUAAGCAGUUCUCUCUCUUUCCUGCUACUCUUCAGAAAUCAAUGAUAGUGCUUGUACUGGCUGGGUUUGUCUCUGUUAUGUAUUGAGAAAUGCUAUAAUUAUAUGUCUAUGCCUGUGUUUUUGACACCAUAAACAUGUUUCUGGAAAGAAGUCUUACCAAUGGCAAAUUUUCAGUUUAAGAACUGUCUGUUUCCUGGACCAGAAAUCAGAACUAGUUGCAGACUAAAAAAAUAGCCAAUUUUAGUCGUGCUUAUAUCACUGGAACUUUAAUUCUUUAAAAUCAUACUAUUUGGCUUAACUGGCCAUUAGUUACUCUGAAACAGCAUUUCUUUGUUGGGGUUUAAUUCUGCUGUAAAUUAUUUCAGAAAUUUGGCUUUAGACAAUUAGACUACAAUUCUGUGUGUACUUUCCUGGGGGUAAGCGCCAUUGAAUUCACAGGAUUGCACUGUCAAAUCUUACGUAUAAUAAUAAAAGAUUUGCAGACUACACUUGCAAGUCCCUUGAAAAUGGGAAUUUAGGCUUAUCAUAAAUACUUGCCAAUUAGAGCAAAUAUAGUUGAUCUGCUGGGUCCUGUUUGAGUAGUACUUAAUCGCAUAUUAUAUUGCUUAGGAGGCACCUUAGAGGAAUGGGGAAGAUUUAGAUCACACCCCAUGGGUGGCACUGAAUUGCUCCCCCUCUGCAAGUAAAUGGCUAUAAAGCACGACAGGAAAAGAAAAGGGGAGAUUUUUAAAAGCCUGAAAAAAGUUAUAUACUGAAAAACACCCAAAAUUCUGAUGCAUCUAGAACUUGGGAGGUUUUCCUUGAAAGAGUAAUUGUUGUUGACAAAGUGAGAGUUCCUACAGAGAGUUCUCAAUAAACACAGUACUCAAGUAUACCAUUGCUAUUGAGCAACAAUAACCAGGCAGUGGGCGCUAAAAUUUUCAGAAAGUGAAAUUUCACUUGCAAGGGUUCCACAUGCCUUUGUAGAUUCAAUCUAUCUGUAGUUAUUCUAAUACAACAACAACAAUCUUUAUUACAGUCCAGAGACCCAACAGUUAUUCUAAUAAGAUACAGAUCCUCCCUUCCGCUCCUGUCAGCCACUAUAAUAUGCUAAUGUCAGCUAAUGUUUAAUAAGAUUUGCAUCCAGAUCUAAACAAGCUCAUUUCAAAGUAAAUUCUCAAAGUAAUAAGGUUGCUUGGGAUUGCAGCUUUGGGUUGUAUACAAUACUGUGCAUUUGCUGACUUAAAAUGCUGAGUUACUUUAUAAAUUUCCACAAUUUUGCACAAUAUAUGCAUAAUAUACACAAUUCAGCUAGUCACAGGAAAAGCAAGGAACUUUGCAAGACCCUGAAAUCUAGGUCAGGUAUCAGGCUUGAGUGACCCAUCAGUGCUGUUGAUGGACAGCCAUGGUGCUGAUGCAGAUUCCCUGCCUUGUGCUCCGAUUGGGUCCUUCUGGCACCGGUGCCUAUUGGCCCACCCCUGUGGGCUUACCCAACAGCACCAACACUCUUACUUGGGGAGCAAAAGUGGCUACUAGUUUGAAUUUGUGCCUGGUGGUCACCAUUUAAAAUUCCCUACACCACAACGCUCCAGAGCACCUGGCAAAUUCUGCACCAUUGCAUUAUGAGAAAUAUAAAAUGGCAGCUGUCCAGUACUGAUCAGAAUCAAACAAAUGCCCACCUCUCCUAGGAAACCCACCAUCACCAAUACAAUCGCUUAAGUGGCAUUGGCACUAAUCGGUGACAUGUACUGCAGGAGGUCCAGGCAAGGUAAACAUCAGCAUCACUGGUCUCCCCAAGGUGUAUAAGCCCCAGUAUCUGCCCAAGUGUGCUGGAUGUUGACUCGUUAAUUGAAUCUGUUAGUUGAAUCCGGCCUAUUAUGUAGAAGAAGCCUGUAAAAUUAUAGGAUUUAUUGCUUAUUGUGCUGGAUAUAGGUCAGAGCGUUGGUCCCCCUGCUACAUGGAAAACACACCUUCACACAGUAAACUGGCACAUCAAGAACAGUCAUCUAAAUUUCUCCCUGUACAAGAUUUUCUUUUUCUUUUGGCAUGCAGGCGGAUGAAUGGUUUUAAAUAUAUAUAUAAAGAGAGGAGCACUCAAAAAUAUGACUCCAGCUGCAGUUUGAAAUCAUAGAAUCCAUCACAGUCUGCAUCAGCCUUCCCUAACAUGGUGCUAUUCAUGUUUUGGACAACUUUCGUGAGUUAGAAACAGUGUUAGAAACAGAUUUCACACUGAAAACCUACUUAACUAACGGCUUGAGCUUGAUGUAGAACCACUGUGCAGCACUUAAUUGGAGCACAACAGCUGAAGUAGAACCUGUUCUAAUCAAAAUAAAACUGUGCUGAAGCAACUUGCCAACUUCUGAAAGGCUUCCUCCCAGCAGUCUCGCUAUCAUUGCAAGGAACUACUAGCCAGAACUCUACCUAUCAAUCAUCUAAUGCCUGACUGUCCCCUGAGGGACUUUUGAAAGAAACAUCUAAGCAUUUAAGGUGGCGCAUGACACAAUUAGGUCAAAUAUUAUAAGGUCAAUUCAACUGAGCUUGACUAUGCUUAGAAGUAUUGUAAAUAAAUGGUGAAUUUCAAGAAUGUCUAAAACUUACCAGUGAAUCAGAUCUGGGUGGAAGUAGUUCUGACUUUAAAUGCAAUAAAGAGGUCCCAGGAGAAUUCAAAGGCCACUUAGGCAUUCAUUUAUGGUAAAAAAAAGACAAGUGUAGCAUUUCAUGUGCAAUCAACACGGAUGUCUUAAUGUAAGUAACAAAAAGCAAUAAAAUGUGACAGUAAAUCAAGGAGACAGCCACAAGGAGCUAAAGAGGAUUUCAACGAACUAGUUGCAUUCCCCUCCAUUUAAUACAGGAUGUGGGAAAGCAAACCACAUGAGUAAGAAGCAAGUAAAUUAUGUUGUCCUCCCUUACAAUACUGUGGUUACAUUUCCUGAAAAUAUGCUCCUAUUCAGUCAGUUUCUCAGACCGUGCUUGAUGAACAUUUGUCCUGGAUAACAAAAUGCAAUUAUUUGAGAGGAAUUGAGCUUAGGAACUAAAUAGGAUACUGCAGAUUCUGUAAUGCCAAACUCCAGGUUCUUCAUUAUGGGUGUCUAUACCUUUGUAUCAGUAAGUGUACAGUCAUACCUCGGGUUACAGAUGCUUCAGGUUGCGUGUUUUCGGGUUGCGCACUGCGCUGAACCCGGAAGUACUGGAAUGGGUUACUUCCAGGUUUCGGUGCUCGCACAUGCGCAGAAGCCCCAAAUUGCGACCUGCACAUGCGCAGACUGUGGGUCUGUGGGUUGUUCGCUGUGGGUUGCGAACACGCCUCCCGCACAGAUCACGUUCGCAACCCUGUAUGUGUAAAACCACAUGAUGCAAAUUUCUUUGUUAACAUGAACAUGGAGCAACAGCUGGCAUGUCAGCAGAUUUGCAUGUUUUACUGACACUCCCAUUAAUCAUCACAUACCCAAGCAGUGGCACCUGUGUUUCAACAGCUCAACUCAGAUGCACAAACAUGGUGCAGUCUGAAUGUCUAGAAAGGUGACUCGGAAACUACAACUAGUCCAGAAUGCGGCAUCUAGACUGAUGACAGGGAGUGGCCGCCAGGACCAUAUCACAUGGGUCCUAAAGGAUCUUCAUUGGCUCCCAGUAUGUUUCCGAGCACUAUUCCAAGUGUUGGUGCAGACCUUUAAAGCCCUACAUGGUCUCAGCCCUGUACACCUGAGGGAGCGUCUCCACUCCCACUGUCUAGCUCCAAGGACCUUCUGGCGGUUCCCUCACUGCGAGAAUGAAGUUACAGGGAACCAGGCGGAAGGCCUUCUCAGUAGUGGCACUCGCCCUGUGGAACUACCUCCUGUCAGAUGUUAAACAGAUAAACAACUAUAUGAUUUUUUAGAACACAUCUGAAGGCAGCCCGGUAUAGGGAAGUUUUAAAUAUUUGGUGUUUUAUUGUGUUUUUAUAUUCUGCUGCCCAGAUUGGCUGGGGCAACCCAGUCAGAUGGGUGGAAGAAUGAUAAUGAUAAUGAUAAUAUUAGGUGUUAUGCAAACUAACAAAAGAUGUUCAUGGACUUGGAAUUCCAAAAUGUAGGGCACAUUCAUAUUGUUCAGUUAAGGUGUCCUGUUUCCUCCCCCAAUUACAUCAGAAGAGCUGAGCCAGGAGCAGCUAGAAGAGCCAUGACAUUCUUUCUUGUGAAGAAAGAGAUGGGCAGCCAGAGUGGAAUCCAAUGUACCACUAAAUCUCUUAAAACUUGUACAUACAAGAGCUGCCUAGAAGCAAGAAACAUUUACAUUUGGAGUAGGACAGAAGCUGACUGCUUUUGCUCAAAAGCCAUCCCACUUGAUUUCAAUGGCACUUGCUCUCCAGAAUUGUGAACAAAAUUAAAUUCAAUCCCAGCUGUCUUUAACUCAAAAUAUUACUGAUUUUAGUAGGUGUUAAAUGCUAUUAACACUUGGCUGGUGUAUCUAGGUGGGGUUUUUUUUUUUAGAAAAUGAGAAUUUUACAAAGGGCAAAUAAUGAGCCUACAAUUGGUUUUUAAGAUCCAUGAAAAUGCCACUGCCUUUUUCAACCAGUUUAACAUCUUAAAAUGAAAAACCUCUGGAAGCUAAAUGUAAUAAUAAUAAUAAUAAUAAUAAUAAUAAUAAUAAUAAUAAUAAUAAUUUAUUAUUUAUACCCCUGCAUAUAAAUGUACAGAACAUGAAUGAUGAUUCUGUUACAAUGUCCUUCAUUCCUUUUAACAGAAAUAGUUCCUAGAGAUCUGAGAAUGAAAGACAAGUUUUUAAACCAUUUAACAGGUAAGCAGAAUUUAACAUUCUAUCAUGGUACUUUUGUCUGUAAUUAUCCUCAUAUGGUACUAAUUCAACUGAUCCGCUAAUUCUUUUCUCCCCCAGGUCAUCUUUAUUUUGGUCCAAAAUGCACUAAACACUUUCAUAGACUUUACCAUCAUACAAGAGACUGCACCAUUCCUGCAUGUAAGUGCUAUCACCCAAGAAUCCAUUGCCAGACAUUUAAUUUAGUUGCAUUUAAUAAAGAGCUGUCUUCCAAUGCAAUUAUUAUUCGGUUUAUUUAAGGAGUUUGUGGAAUUACAGUAAUUAAAGAGACUGCUGUAUAGUGAGACUCAAAUGUCAAUAUUCAGGGAUGUACUCAACUCGCUUUUACACAAGAGUAUAUGCACUGAAGCAAUGGACAUAAGCUAGUCAUGGUUAUUAAUUUCAGUGGGUUAGUUGAAGACAACCAGCAGUACCUAUAAGUGUGAACUAUGAGUUUCAUCUUAAAUUUCUUAAGCAUAGGGCAACAUCCAGCAUCAUGUGAGCAGACGUCUCCCUACAGAUCUGCUUCAUAGGGUCUUCCAACCACCCAGGGCAGAUGUUGGGAGUUUGCAAGUGGGAGAACCCAUUCUGUCAACAGCAGUCAUUGUGCUGGCAGACAGACACUGUUGGAUUUCACCCACAGAGUUGCAACCCACAGAACAAUAUUUUAAGUGCUAUUGCUGUGACUCCUGCAAGAGGUCUCAUGUCUUUAACUAUCAACUUAAAACGUACUUUCCGCAGGCAGCUCAAAUUUGUAUGCCAAUUAUCUGUCAACUCCUUUGCCUUUGGUUUGCAAUAUAGUAACUUGGAACUUAAUAGUACAUCAGAUAACAGACAUUAAAGAAUAAAAUCUGGGUUUGCAACACUGGGAUAUAUAUAUAGAGAGAGAGAGAGAGAGAGAGAGAGAGAGAUGCACAAGCAGUUAAGAAGUUGUUUAACUGGCAGAAGUCACAGCUGACAGCAAUGCCACACUUAUUAAAAUGAUGCAUUUCCUUACAUUCCGGGGAUUGCCCAAAGCCAAAAUCGCAUAUAGUCAAAACACACUGGGUUCAAUGGUGGGUGGGAUUGCCAAAGUCAUUUCUCCAAGAGCCCUGGCCCCUUUUUAUUUUUCGUCAUGCAUGUAAAGCUGAAUGUGCACAAGUUAAAUGCCUGUAAAUUGCGGGCUUACUGUACACCCAUAAUCCAAGAGCCUAAGAAUGAUAACUAUGACUCUGGGUUCUCCCCCCCAACCUAUGCACACCAUUUUGGGGGGAAAUAUAUUAUAUAGUUAUGAGGCAGCACUAAUUGAACAGUUCCCAUGCAGCUGGUUUUACCCUGUUGCACAUCACUGCUUGGGCUGCUGAUUAGUUUCUCAACAGAUAGUCCUCUCAACAGAUAGCUGAUAGAUUAUAUGAGUGUGAUAUAAGGAGGAGUACUUAAUGGUGCAUCUUUAAUGUCUGUUCCCCCAGUAGCCUUAGCCUGACUUGGCAGCCAUUUCAAUACCUUGACUCACAUUUUGAUUGUUUAUUCUUGGCAACUGUGCAUAAAAAAACUACUUGCAUGUGCAAGUCAGACACAUGUCAUUUGCUGUAUUAGAGAAAAUUACUAAUUCUACUGCCAAUCACAGAAGAAUUAAUUCCCUUACUAGAUUAACUGUGUUUUUGUAGUAUCCAAAAACCGUAACAGCGGGGCUUUUACACACACAUUAAUGUUUUGGCCUUCAAAGUAGGUUGCAGGACGAUUUAAGUCAAAUGUGAAGGCUCCCAAAAUAGUUUCUUUUCAGGCUGUAGCUCACAUAAAAUUGAUUACCUGAAUGAAUUUUGCAGGUAUACAUCUUUCAUAAGCUUAGUAGUUUGAUAAGCAGCCUAAAAGUUUGAUCCUUGCCAUUAGAUUUUACGAAGUCUAGAGGUUUCACAAAUUGCUCACCUUCAGACAGUAAUAUCAACAAGCCCUUUCUCUGCACAUGCAGUCUGUAUGCAAGGCUCUAAUUAACCAGUUUUCCAUUUCAUACUAUGCUCACCAACUUUGGAACAAGUCGUGAUAUUAAGCCAUGGUUUGAAGCUGAGAUACUAUCCUAGCUCAGAUGAAAUGAGAAACUGCAGUUAACUGAAGACUUUCUGAUUGGCUUGCUCACAUCAGAAAUGGAGGAACAAAGGGCCUGUAUGCAUAGAUCAAAUCCUUGCUCAUAUCUUGAUUUAUUAACCUAGAGAUAUGAUUAUCUUACUGUGAACAUUUCAUUGUCCCAUAUUCAAGCUUUCCACCAAGUGUACAUGUCAUAUGAGCUGGGACCAAUCCUGACUGAUGUAUAUACAGUAGCAGAUACAAGUUGGCAAUAUUCACAUUAUUACAUUUUUGUACACACAACUAAAAUGUAAUCUGUUGCUCAAAUAAAGGGCAAGAAAUUCAAACUGAAGAUGAACAGUGCUCUAGUUUUUAUCCCCUUCGAGUUUUCAGCUUCAGAUUAUUAUCAGUCUUUGCUAGUUCAUUGUAGUAGAAAAUGAGAAUUUUCAUUUUAUGGAACCAACACCACAAUUUUAUUUGCUAUCCUGCAUACCUAAGCUGUCCAGGCAUGCAUUGCAGCUAUUUCUUCUGUGCAUGUUCAUAGCCAUGGGAGCGAGCUGUUUACAUGUGCACGUCCGUUUCUUCUUGAGAGGUGCUUUCUUCCAGGCCAGUCUGCAUAGCAUUAUACAUGCAAAAGCAUAUAAAAUCCCUUUAAAAACUAAAAUAAAUCUCAUUUAUACAGCCAGAUUUCUAAGCAAAGAAUUCAAACUUAUAACUUAAAAAUAAAUGGUUUCAAAAUGAAUUGCAACAGGCUUGCAGUUCCUUGUAUAACCUUACGAUAAGGAACUUUAAAAAAAAUCAAACCCUCAAGUUAUACCGGGUUGUUUGUUAACUUCUAUUUAUGAUCUUUUCACUAGACUAUAAAAGAUGUGCCAGGCUUCUUACUCGGUUGGCAGUAAGUCCAAUGUGCACGGAAGGAUAA